UCACAGAAAUUUCUUUCCAUCUUGCUGCAGAAAAGAAAAUGAGUGAAGGUAAAAAGCUGCAAGGGAAGGUAGCGAUCAUCACUGGCGGCGCCAGCGGCAUCGGCGAGGCCACCGCGCAUCUCUUCGCCCUAAACGGCGCCCGCGCCGUUGUCAUCGCCGAUGUGCAAGACGAGAAGGGCCGAAAAGUCGCCGAAGCCAUCGGCAAAGACGUCGGCGCCUUCGUCCACUGCGACGUCACCGACGAGGACCAAGUCAGAUCCACGGUGGAGUGGACGGCCCGGACGUACGGCCAACUCGACAUCAUGUUCAGCAACGCCGGAAUUGUGAGUGAGUCCGACCAGACCGUCCUCGACCUCGACUUCUCCCAGAUGGACCAGCUCAUAGCCAUCAACGCGCGUGGCGCCGCCGCUUGCGUGAAACACGCGGCGCGCGACAUGGUGGAGCGGCGCGUGCGAGGGAGCAUCGUGUGCACGGCGAGCGUGGCGGGGAGUACGGGGAACCAAAGGCUAACGGACUAUGUGAUGUCGAAGCACGCGGUGUUGGGGCUGGUCCGGGCGGCGAGCCGGCAGCUCGGGGAGCACGGGAUUAGGGUUAAUUGCGUCUCGCCGCACGCGGUGGAAACGGCCUUGAUAUGCCGGGCGCAUCGGAAGGAGGCGGAGGAGGUGGAGAAGGCUUUUGAGCCCAUGGUGCCUCUGAAAGGGAUUGUGCUGAAGGUGGAGCACGUGGCUGAGGCGGUGCUGUUUUUGGCGUCCGAUGAGUCUGUCUUCGUCUCCGGCCACGAUCUGGUUGUCGACGGCGCAUUCUUGGGUAAAUGAUUGUUCCGUUUCGGACGGUCGGUGGGUUUAGUUUGGAGCAGAAGCGAUGGGAAAAUGUUUGACCGAAAUCGUUGACCGUCGAAUAUUAAUAAUAUUUUGUUCUUAUUAUUA